AUGGUGGGUUCUGAAGUUCAUAACUGGACUGAAGAGGAGACUUUGCAGUGGUUGCUGGAAUUUGUGGAGCUUCCUCAGUAUGAGAAGAACUUUAGAGAGAAUUCUGUCAAAGGAACAGCUCUGCCAAGAAUAGCUGUUAAUGAGCCUGUGCUAAUGAUCUCACAACUUAAAAUUACCGAUCGGAGCCACAGGCAAAAAUUUCAGCUGAAAGCAUUGGACGUAGUGUUAUUCGGGCCACCAACAAGACCACCACACAACUGGGUAAAAGAUUUUAUCCUGACCAUUUCUAUUGUAAUCGGAGUUGGAGGUUGCUGGUUUGCCUAUUCACAGAACAGAACUUCCAAGGAGCACAUAUCACAGAUGAUGAAGGAUUUAGAAGGUCUGCAGAAGGCUGAAAUAAGUCUUCUUGAGCUUCAGGACAGACUAGAAAAAGCUCAAGAAGAGAAUAGGACAGUGGCAGUAGAGAAGCAAAAUCUUGAGCGUAAAAUGAUGGACGAAAUCAGUGAUGCUAAACGUGAAGCUCAUCGGCUCCGGGAGCUGAGGGAAGGGACAGAAUGUGAACUGAGUAGGCUCAAAUAUGCAGAAGAAGAACUAGUACAGGUUCGCAUGGCUCUGAAAAAAGCAGAGAAGGAAUUUGAACUCCGGAGCAACUGGUCUGUUCCCGAAACCCUGCAAAAAUGGCUUCAAUUAACACAUGAGGUGGAAGUACAGUACUAUAAUAUAAAGAAGCAAAAUGCAGAAAUGCAUCUUGCCAUUGCCAAAGAUGAGGCAGAGAAAAUAAAGAAGAAGAGAAGCACAGUGUUUGGGACACUGCAUGUUGCACACAGUUCCUCCUUGGAUGAGGUGGACCAUAAAAUCCUUGAAGCAAAGAAAGCACUAUCGGAGCUGACAACCUGUUUGAGAGAACGGCUGUAUCGCUGGCAGCAGAUAGAAAAGAUGUGCGGCUUCCCAAUAGUGCAUGUUGUCUUUUUUUCUACUUACACACACAUUAUAAGUGUUUUAGUUCUACAGUCAGAUUGUGAUUCUUAUAAAUGUAAAAGAUCCAUCAUAAAAACUCACGGGACACUUUCAAGAAGCAGCAGCGUGUGUCGCCAUCGAAGGAGUAUCGUUCCCCCUUCUCCCCAGUCCCAGCAAAUCCUUCAAUCACCCGAUCCUGAUAUCCUAUCAGUGUCCAGCUGUCCAGCUCUUUACCGCACAGAAGAAGAGGAGGAUGCAAUUUAUUUCAUUGCUGAAAAGCAGUGGGGAACUCAAGACACUGGCUCUGAAUGUGACUCUCUAAGUUCUUCAGUGGGGAGAAGACAGUCCAGCUUUGAAGUGCAGCAGGUGAAUGCACGGAAGAUCUCAAGAGAGGAAACCUCUUGCGAGGAAUCUUUAUCCGGAGAUUCUCCUUCAGCAGCAGAGGCUCCUAAGGCAUGUCCUGAUGCCACGGGCCUGUCUGAGAGCCAGAGCAUGGUUUUCAGCCCAGCCAGUAAGGUGUACAAUGGCAUUCUAGAGAAGUCCUGCAGCAUGCACCAACUCUCCGGCAUUUUACCCUCCCCCAAGCCACCCUUACCACCUUUCCCUUCCAAUGCAAAUGAUAGCAAACCCGUUCAAGAAGUUCACGGAAUUCCUGUUGUCAAGACCACGCCUCUUGAGCUGUCCCAAAAUGGAGAGAAAAACAAAAAACAAUCAAAAAUCAAAGUCCUUUUAAAGAAGAUCUCAAAGUAAAGCUUAAAGGAAGUCAUUUAAAAAAAAGGCCAUUAAACUUUGAAAACUUGUGUAUUUUUAGGAAUGUAACUCCGUUCGGAGUUCUCAGACUGGAUGUUCUAGUGGAAUGCUCCGAAGUCUAUUUUAUCAUGAUCAUGCUGUCACUGAAUUGCAUUGAAAAGUGGAUCUGUUUACAGUCACUUGGUCUAUUUAUUUCUGCUUUUAGGGUUUUUACUUUGAUUUUAUUUUUUUUUAUAGCCGCUUUGGACUUACACAAAUGGUAAGCCUAAGCGGGCUUGCUUAGUACCUUGUUUACUGGAGCAUCUUCUUAUCUUUCCACAGAGUGAUGACAUUUUACCUUCUGGACUAAGUACCUUAAAAACAAAGAAAGAAGUCAAACUAAUUGCACUACUGUUUUCCUGACUGGAAAAGCAUAUUUGCAAGUGAAAUUGCGUUCGGUUUGUAAACUGAGAGAUAAGAGGAAAGCGGGGUGGGGGGGCGGGAGUCUAUUUUCACUUUAAAAUAGACUGGGGUUUUUAAGUAGAGCCUAGAAUUUCUAAAGAAUGUGAUUUCCACAAGAGACGCUAGUCAUUUUCUAUGAGAGGAUUAUUUACAUAGAGUUUUGAUAUAUGGACGUCCUGCCUUAGAGCGUAUUUUCUCCAGGGCUUUCACUGUCAUGUCGCAGUGUUAAUAACUGGCGGGAAAUAUGUCAAUAUUCGGCCUAAGCAAGGGCACCGGCUCUUGAUUCCUUAUGCAAGUGAUAAAGGUGAAAGUGACAGGACAAUACACAAAAAAGCAUCAAUACUGCAUAGUAAAUAGGGUAGUAAUGCUUGAAAAUGAGUUGCUUAUCUACUUAAAACAAGCAUGUCUGGCUGUGGCUAAACUGCAGCUCUCAGGCAUGCCAGCAGUCUGUAGGUAGCCUCUGGGAGUUGUAGUGCAGCAAUAGUCCCAUAUCGGACAUUCUUGUACCUUCGGUUAGAAUACUAGGAUAUCUGGCUGUGGCUAAACUGCAGUUCCCAGGCAUGCCAGCAGUCUGUAGGUAGCCUCUGGGAGUUGUAGUGCAGCAAUAGUCCCAUAUCGGACAUUCUUGUACCUUCGGUUAGAAUACUAGGAUAUCUGGCUGUGGCUAAACUGCAGUUCCCAGGCAUGCCAGCAGUCUGUAGGUGGCCUCUGGGAGUUGUAGUGCAGCAAUAGUCACAUAUCAGACAUUCUUGUACCUUCGGUUAGAAUACUAGGAUGUAUGGCUGUGGCUAAACUGCAGCUCUCAGGCAUGCCAGCAGUCUGGAGGUGGCCUCUGUGAGUUGUAGUGCAGCAAUAGUCACAUAUCGGACAUUCUUGUACCUUCGGUUAGAAUACUUUGAUGUAGAUUUUCAUUUUAAUAGCUGUGCCAGUUUCAAUAAAGGUCAGUUUUUACAGAUUCAUGUUAUAUUUAUUUUGGAACCAUUUAACCUUUUAUUCUACUCUUACUAACGCAAAAUAUCUACCUGGAGAAAUUGGCGAAAAGUUUUUUUUUUUGUUUGUUUGUUUUUGUUUUAAACAAGCUGUGAGGAAGCCGACCCAAGCCAUAGCUAAAUAGCAGCCAAGGGAUGUGCCCUGCAUACCCAGCUGCCAUUUACGAAAAGGUGGAACUUUAUAUUUGCCAGUUGGUUUAAUGAGCUCUGUAGCAUGGCGCUUUGGUGUUGGAGCCGUGCAAGUUCUGACAUUUUGGCUACAGGCUAUUUGUCCGUCCACGCGCAGAGCAAAGGUGCUGCCCCCCCAAGUAAUACAUGCUUACAAACAUUCAUUUCCAAGCAUUACUUUUCCUUUCAGUGAAAUAAGCAAAGUAGACGAAUGUUUACAGGCAGGGGGUUACUGGAUUUGCUACACUUUGUACUGCAGGAAAGAAAGAAAGUUGGAGGCUUUUGGUGCCUUCUGAUAGGCUGCUCCACUGAGUAUAAACAUAGAAGCAUGCAGAUGUGCAAAGAAUACCUUAUGGUUUAUAUAUUGUGGAUAAAGUGUUACAGAAAAUUGUGUUUUUCACAGCUCCGAACUUGACACCAUUUGUAUUGUUCAGAUAUAUGCCAUAUCCAUUUGCACUGCCCCCACAAUUUCUAGCAAGCGCAAUGGGCGCCAUAAACUGCCCCAAUGCCAGAUUUCUUCUCUCUGCCAGAAGAGGUUUGUACAUGUUGUAUAAUAGACAGAGUCACUUUUAAGAACUACUAAUACUUUUGCUACUACAGACACGUACGUCUACCCCUUUUGCCAUUUAUGUGUCAUUUUGUUGUUUUGCCUGUUAAAAUCUGAAUCACUAUAUUUAGAUCUGUUACAUUUCAGGAUGUUAACAUUUUCCAAUAAACUAAUUUAUUCGGUUU